UGCGAAUCCAAUGUGGCGGCGCCUUUGCCCUCGAGCAGGUGGACGGACGAGGCACCACCCCCACUGCAUGUGCUCACUCCUAGAGCUUCGCUUGGAAGAAGAUGCAAGACCAGCAAUGGAUUGGUGUCAUCGGACGGAAUGUUGUGGCACUGCGCGAUUGCGACGCGACAGAUUCUGUGCAGUACAUGUGCUUGCACCCGCAAGGAAUGGCCGCUGAUUCCGUGGAUUCUCAAGUGAGAAACUACUUUCGAAUGGAGAUCAACCUCACUCAGCUCUACGACACUUGGAAACUUCCAAAUGACAAACAUGCUGCAGCCUUCGUAGCCCUUCCUGGCCUGCGCACACUGCGACAAGACCCCAUCGAGUGCCUUUUUUCGUUCAUUUGCUCGUCCAACAACAACAUUGCACGAAUCCAGCAACUCGUCGACAAGUUGCGUGUGAAUUAUGGCGACAAACUCGUCACGGUGGACGGAGUCGACUGGUUUGCAUUUCCGACCUUGGACCAGUUGAUUUUGAUCCCAGAGUCGCAGUUGCGGGACUUGGGCUUUGGAUAUCGUGCGCCGUUCAUCGUCAAGUCGGCAGCCAUUCUUUCUGCCUUGGGGGGGGCUACGUACUUGCAGUCGCUGCGGUUGAAUGCCAAUGCUGCCGACGUCCAAACGGCAUUGACGCAAUUCAGUGGCGUGGGGCGCAAAGUCGCCGAUUGUGUGGCUUUGUUUUCACUGGACAAACUCGAAGCCAUUCCUGUGGACACCCACGUAUGGCAAAUCGCCUGUCGUGACUUUCAUUUCAAAAAGGCUGCCACCAAGAGCCUAACCCCGACCAUAUAUGCAGAAGUGGGCAAACUGUACCAGGAUCGGUUUAGUCCUUUUGCAGGCUGGGCCCAUAGCAUCCUGUUUGCGGCAGAUUUAAACAAGGUCAAAACUUUGCUAAGCCCAAGUCCAGCAAAGAAGUCGAAACGUAAAUCGCCCACACCUGUCAAAGUAGAGAUAAGCGCGGACAACACUGUCAUCCCAUCGUCAUCCACCGAACAAUUGUACCACCCAAACGGACGAAAGAAGCGCAUCACCAAGAAGCUGCUGGACAUGGACGACCCGUCCUCCUAAUAUGACCCAACAGCGUUGUUCUGAGCCACUGCUGAUGCCACGAGAGAAGAUUUCAGUACUAAGUACUAUUAAUACUGAAUGUGAUAGUAUUGACAGUAA